AUGGCGUCGCGACUCCUUUGCUGUCCCACAGACAUUUCCAAGAGUUGGCCAUCAUCUCCCAGAACUUCCCAAACACCGAUUCUCGAGGUAAAAUACGCCAACAGGGGUACUGAAGGAGCAGCAACUACCCUGCUGCCGCCCUACUCCUUACCUCUUGGCCAGCGACACCUCUCCUCUUCGGUAGUUGCACUUGUUAAGCCACGUCCCCACGCCUUUGCCUGCCUCCCCACGACAGUCACCAUGGAGCUGAGGCCCAAACGGCGUGCAAGCAGACUGUGUUCCGGCCUGCAUCGACCCCGACAUUCCAAUGUCAUCCAGAGAGUCCUCUCCUGGUUAUCGUCGACCGCCCUCUGGUUGGCUGGAGCGGAUACCAAGUGCGGUAAGGAUAUUACAUCUACCGCCACCAUCAGCAAGUUCCGCUACUCACUUCCGUUACGAGGGCGUUCCUGCGUGCCUGCAAACCAAACGGAGGCCCUGUUCACAAGCCGAUUUUGCUGCGUUCCUCGACCGAUGGGGAGUCCGGUAUGUGCUGACACCCGCCCCAUUACCCACAGUCCAACGGCCACGCUGAUGUUGCUGUCAAAUCCCCAGCUAGUUCCCAUCUUCAAAGUGGCCCCUGGGGAAUUAUUGACUGCGAGGCCUUCGACCAGGGUCUCCCGAUUCCGCAACACAACACCCACCACACCGACGCCCCGCCCAGGCAUCUUGUAUGGACGCCUCCUCCGUUUUGUGUCCCUGCUCACCUCAAUCCUUCUGAUUCACAGUACACAGGGCAGUUCCUUUACUCCUUGUGUCGCCCCCCAGAGGAAGGUGCAGAGGGAAGUGGAGGAGCGCGUCCUUGCUGGGGACCCGGUGACCUUGACGAGCGCUCACCUGCUGCCCUACACACAGGCUGCCAUCCUCGAAACCCAGAGACUCCGCAGCAUCCUACCCCUCGGCAUACCCCACGGUGCCACACAGCAGUUGACGGUCGACGGUUAUAGGAUCCCCAAGGGCACUAUGCUGCUGCCGCUGUUAUGGUAUGUUCACCACGACCCUGCCAUCUGGACCCAGCCUGACCAGUACCGCCCUGAAAGGUUCAUAGACGAGGAGGGUAAAGUGAUCAGACACCCAGCUUUUAUGCCCUUUCAGACAGGUCGAAGAAUGUGUAUAGGAGACGAGUUUGCUAAGAUGAUCCUCUUCGUCUUCAGCACGAAAAUUCUUCGUCACUUUAACGUUAGCCUCGAUGAAGGCCUGAAGGACGACCCCUCGAGUGACCCUGUAUGUGGCAUCUCUCUCUGCCCGAGGCCCUUCCAGCUGGUGUUCCAUCCCAGAGUUGAAGAAUAAGAUGGUCACCAAAACUACUGUGUUGUAUCUUCACACUUUAUCUGUUCAUUGUAUUAACAUUGUUCUCUCCUCCAGAGGCAACAAUAUAUGGUUUAUUUUAGGUUAUGGGAAUAGCAUUAUCUUUUAUUGUUCGUAUUGAUAGUGAAAGCUUACAUACAUACAUACAUACAUACAUACAUACAUACAUACAUACAUACAUGCAUACAUAUUUACAAACAUAUAUGUAUACAU